GACCGUGAACUUUCCUGUCUUGAAUACCAUGGCAACACCUCAACCUCCUCCUGCUCUUCCCCAAUACUUGCAAGAAUAUGAAUUCAGCCAAGAAAACAGAGACUUUAUAUCCUCUCUGCCUACAGAAAAAGGUUGGAUUGCAAACCACCUUCAUCAGUACCAAGGUUUUUGGCAUGCAACUAGGCACAUGCAGGGAGUUUUAGCAUCCCAGAAACACUUCCAGGCCCUAGACACUGAUAUCCUUCUUGUUAGCACUCCCAAAUCAGGCACCACUUGGCUCAAGGCAGUUCUGUUUGCCCUAGUGAAAAGGGUGCACUAUCCAGACCCUCAGCAACACCCUUUGCUCACAAACAACCCUCAUGUUCUUGUGCCCUUCUUGGAGCUGGAUGUGUACAUUGAAAAACAGGUUCCUGACCUCACCUGCUUGGCACCCCCGAGGCUCUUUUCGACGCAUUUGCCAUAUGUGUCUCUGCCUGAUUCUGUCAAAAACUCUGCUUGCAAAGUUGUUUACUUGUGCAGAGAUCCUAAGGACACAUUUGUUUCUCUUUGGCACUUCGCCAACAAAUUGAGAGCCAAAAGUAGGGGCACCAUUUCACUUGAAGAAGCGUUUGAUAAGUUCUGCAAAGGAGUGAGCUUGGGUGGGCCUUUUUGGGAUCAUGUGUUGGGGUAUUGGAAGGAGAGUUUGGAAAGGCCUGAAAAGGUAAUGUUCUUCAAGUUUGAGGAAAUGAAAGAAGAGCCCACUCUUCACUUGAGGAGGUUAGCUGAGUUCUUAGGGUGCCCAUUUUCCCCAGAGGAAGAGACACAAGGAGUUGCGGAUGAUAUCUUAAGGUUGUGUAGUUUUGACAAUUUGAGCAAUUUGGAUGUGAAUCAAAGUGGGAAAUUAUCAUCAGGUGAGGAGAAUAGUACAUUUUUCAGGAAAGGUGAGGUUGGAGAUUGGAUGAAUUAUCUAACAGAUGAAAUGGUGGAGAGACUAGAUUGCAUCAAUGAAGAGAAGUUGCAAGGUUCUGGGCUGAAAUUCUAGGUUUGCUUAGUGUGUGAUUAUUUUUAGUUGUGUUCUUUGCAUGCGUGUGAUUUUGUGUAGUUUUGACUUUGGUUGGGUCCAAUGUCAAUUAAAUAAAUCUCAUGAAAUAAAUAAUGUGAUCGUAUAAUGGGUUUGUCAUUUAACCCAACUUGUAUAAUAUCAAUGAUUGAAUAAGAUAUAAAGUGGUGGGUCAGGUUAAUUACUUAUUAA